ACAGUUUCGCCUCAACUCCGGGCGUCUCAAUUGGUUGAGAACGGUCAGCUGACACAGUCAUAUUGUCUCUCACCGAGCCAAGCCUCGGCUAUAACACUCGGGGUUUUUUGCGUCUUAACCGGAGAUUGGAAAUUAAUAAUAUUCAAUCCUCAAAGUGGCCCCGCGUCCACUUGGAGAGGCAAGGAAAAGUCAAGGAGGAGAGAAAAAAACAGCAGAUCCUGGAGAAAGGUGUGGUUGUUUGACACAGGCGGGAGGGAGAUUUACAGAGAAGGAGAUUGGAAGAAGAAGAAAAAAAAAAAGAGAGACCGAUAAAGAAGUGGGGAGAGUUGGACUCAGGGUUACACGCAAGGUAUGAAUUCUUAUUUCGCAAACCCGUCGCUCUCCUGCCAUUUAUCCGGUGGUCAAGAGGUUUUGCCCAACGUCCCCCUGAACUCCACCACCUAUGACACAGUCAGACAUUUUUCGUCGUACGGCGCCGCGGUGACCCAGAAUCGGAUUUAUGCACCUUUCUACUCCCCUCAAGAAAACGUGGUUUUUGGCUCCGGCAGGGCUCAGUAUGAGUACGGAUCCAACGUGUUCCUGCAGGACAAGGACGUGCUGCCCAGCUGCAGGCAAACAAACAUGGGACUCAACUCACAGAGCCACAUGGCUCAAGAGUACAGCCUGGAUCAGGGGAGAGCAGGAGCCCAGGAGCAGAAAAGCAACAUCCCGAUCUACCCGUGGAUGCAGCGCAUGAACUCACACAGCGCAGGAGUGGGCUACGGGACGGACAGACGCAGAGGACGUCAGAUCUACUCUCGUUACCAAACCCUGGAGCUGGAGAAGGAGUUCCACUUCAACCGUUACCUGACCAGGCGCAGACGCAUCGAGAUCGCCAACGCGCUCUGUCUAACCGAGCGCCAGAUCAAGAUCUGGUUCCAGAACCGGCGCAUGAAGUGGAAGAAGGAGAGCAACCUGACCUCUACGGUGACUGGAAGUGAACAGACAGCAGCCUCUCAGGAGGAGGAACGCAGUGGCGCAGCGGAAGACGACAAGAAUGAAGACAAGAAGAAAGAAUAGUGGAAAAAUAAACGAGGGGAGAGAAGAAGAAAAAUCACCUCACGAGCAUAAAAAAAUACCCAACACAACUACCUAAAAAUGGACUUGAGA